UCGACUUAUUUUUUCAAAGUCACCCUGCGCCUACACGGGUGCUGUCACAAGCUAUCCAUCCACCGUACAUCUGGACACUUGGCCGCUGAUGCGAUUAACACCGGGAUGACGGGCCGAGCACGUUGCCGGCGCGCCUGAUCGCUAACGGAGGAUGUGACGUCAUACUCCGACAGCCUCCUUCCUGAUCUAGUAAACACCGCUCGUUAAGGUCGCUCGUCUGGGGGAGAUUAUCCUUAAAGCGUCGCUAUGGCUGACGGUCGAUCCACGCGGGCAAAUUAAAAACUAAUAUAAAGUAUGGAUUGGACUUUUAUUUUGCCAGCCAUCAUUUUCACGCUGCUCGCACUAGUGGUCGCGACGUCGCUGCUGGACGGCUCCACCUGGACGUCUUGGACAGAACGUCAUCCGGCGGGUCCCAGCGCGGACACCGGCAAAGGAGACGAGUCGGCGGUCAAGCAGAACGGCCACAUACCGGACACCAAGCAAGGGGAAAAGGCGGCAUCGGCGGGGGACGACUGGUGCCAGCUGAGCGGCAGCUCCCACGACCACUGGGACGUGGUCAAAUCUGUGCAAUCAGAGGAAGCGCAACCCCAUCCCGCCAAUGAGGAGCCGGACCCCGAGUCCGUGGCCAUCGUGGCGGCCCCGGCCGAGCGCUCCUCCUCUUCGUCCACGUCCAGCCUGUCGGUACCGCGGCCCGACUCCAGGCACACUAGUUUCGACUCGUCAUCCGAGGCGUCAUCGGGCCGCGGGCGGCGCUCCUUCAUCGGGCUCUCUGAUCAGGAGCUCCUAAAGUGUGCUUUCUCUUACCCCCAGACCGACGGAGACACAGAGAGCCCGGAGGUCAACGACAAAUCAGAAUUCCUCGCAAAUGAUUCCCUGAAGUACCUCCCCGGAAAGUCGCGCUCCCAUCACAUGGAGAUGAUGAUGUCCAAAGAGGAGCUAGAGGAAGAGCAAAGAGUGCAGCGGGAACAACUGGCCGCAAUCUUCCAACUGCUGAAGGACAACACGGAGACGUUCGGCGACGUCUCUGAGGGCGACAUGGAGGAGCAGCUGCGUCUCUACUCCAUCUGAGAACUCCACCACUUCACAUGCGCUGCCUUACC